AUGGCAUCCGUCGCUACCCAGGAAGCUCCCGUCCUCGAGCAACAAGGUGACCACGAGCAGGCUCACCACCACCCUCACAAGCACGACGAGCACCAUGCCCACCUCGACCCUGUGGAUGCCAAUGGCGUCGAACGCAAACCCCGUCACAAACCCGGAGAGAUCGUCGACUACAAGGUCACCACCACGUGCACCAACAACUCUGACGCCACGCUCACCUACCUCGGCGAGUACCACCCGCACGGUAACCUCCAAUCCCAGGGGGUCGACAUGACCGGUUUCUCCAAGGACAACGCGGUCGGUACCUGGGCCGGCGCGACGUUAGCGAUGACCGGCUGCGGUGGAGUCAGCCUGUACCAGAUCCAAAACCUCCCGGGGCUCAGCGGCACCAACUAUGUCGUCUUCUUCGCGUACGUGCCUUGGUGGUACAGCGCCAAUGAAAUUUGGGCGUCGGUCACGAGCACCAAGCCAACCGCCGACUCGAGCUUGUUUGAUACCUUGGAGAAGGCCUCCAAGAGCUCGACCUGCGAGGUCGACUUGGGCAACAACUAUGUCAUCAAGGGCUCCAUCGGGGACACGGACGUCACCGAGGCGCGAUUCACCAUUACCCUCAAGUCUACCUGA